GCUUCAUCACCAAACUCGCAUGCCCUCCUCCUCCCUCCUCUUCGAGAAGGAGAGAGAGAGAGAGAGAGAGAGAGAGAGAGAGAGGGACGACGAAGAGGUAGAGAAAUCUGUUUUCUUGUCUCUUCAUCCUCCGCCUCGCCCUUCUUUUCACUGUUUCGGUAUACAUAGAGGCAUGGCGGAUCCCGAGAGCUCUUCCCUUCUCAUGGCGCCGAUCCCGGUCCUGGACCCCAACGAGAUCGACCUCGAAGCUGGCCCUGGCGAGCAAUUCCAGUGCCGGAUCUGUCUCGAAACUGAUGGAAGGGACUUCAUAGCGCCAUGCAAGUGCAAGGGGACCUCCAAGUACGUCCAUCGUGAAUGCUUGGACCACUGGCGGUCUGUCAAGGAAGGUUUUGCAUUUUCCCAUUGCACAACCUGCAAGGCUCCAUACUAUUUGAGGGUUCAUGUUCAUGCAGACAGGAAAUGGAGAACCUUGAAGUUCCGAUUCUUUGUUACUAGGGACAUACUGUCUAUAUUCGCAGUUGUUCAACUCAUAAUAUCUUUGUUGGCAUAUCUGGUCUUUCUGGUUGAUAGCUCUCAAAACAGUUGGUUGCGGUUGGCUUGGGGUUUUGACAGCAAAAUUAGUUUCUACUAUGUAUGUGGGGCACUAUUAUUUUUCGCGCUGCUUGGGUUAUCCGGAUGCUUUAUAACUUGUUAUGAUCGACGAGUGCGCAAUGAUUUGGCUCAGCCAUGUCGAGAGUUAUGUCUUUGUUGUUGUCAACCAGGUAUGUGUGCCGAUUGUCAUCUGCCUGGCACCCUCUGUAUGUGGACCGAUUGUACCACAUGCUUUGAAAGUUGUGCAAGUACAGCAGGAGAAUGUGGAUGCUUGGGAGGGGCUGGCGAAGCUGGUCUACCGUUGCUUUUUAUAAUAGGAUUAAUCAUUCUUGGGCUGUUCACCAUUAUUGGCAUAUUUUACAGUGUUCUCGUGGCAACAAUGGUCGGCCAACGAAUUUGGCAGCGUCACUAUCAUAUACUUGCUAAACGGAUGCUAACAAAAGAGUAUGUCGUGGAGGACGUUGAUGGCGAGGGCACUGAUUGGUGCCCGCCACCCCUUCCAGCUGAGCAUGUUCAGCAGCUAAAGACACUUGGACUCCUGUAGUUUCAUCUUGAGAGGCAAAUAACCGUUGUGCUCUAGAGAUGAAAUGGAAGAGACAUGUGAGAGCAUCUGGUAGGCAGUCUUUUUCCCAUGGAAACGAAGUCUAUAUUACUCUAUCCUCUCUACGAAAAGUGUAUUUCCUACCUCUAUAUUGUAAAUGUCCACCAGAUGUAGCAUCUUCAGUUUUUCUAUUACACCAUCAUCUUCAGAGAGUUCCAAGCAUGGCUCAUGCUUGCUGGUCUUUUAGUAUAUAUGGUUUAAGAAGAUUGUGAGAAAGAUUUGGUGGCAUUGAAAAACUAUGUAAAUGAUUAAGAGUUUGUUUCCACAUAUUGGAUAACUCUUUGUCAUAA